CUCGCGGGAGGUGGGGGCACGGAGCGGCGAUAGAGCUAUAGCUCAGCUGCAGCAAACAUCAUUGUGCGAGCGGAGGGGAGACGAAUCCGCCGGCAGUGCGCGAAUACGCACGGACCCCUGGCAACACGGAGAGCCUUGCGCUUCCCUGCCCGUUGAACCGUACAGGAAUGGUGAGGGGUGCCAGACAGACACAGCCGUGGACAGACAGAGUGGGAAUCACAAGCCGUCCCCUCAGACAUCAGGUAGAGAGAUAUACCAUUCGCUUCAACUGAACCCUGCUCUCCAUUUGACCUUAGGAACCUUCUGACACCCGUGCUCUCCUAUUGGGCUGUGCUGGAGGCCUGCGCUGAGACUACAAACUGUGUUGGGAUUUUGUAAUCACCUCAAUGGACUGCAACACAUACUGAACACUGGAGGCUUGAGCUGAAUGAGGUUCUUCCUGCAGUCCUGGAGACUAACUCUCAGAGGGAAAUGAUUCCGCAUGAAUUGCAUGGACCGUUCUCCCACAGCAGGAGUGACUUCCUUUGCUUACGAUUGAAAUCUGUGUCCAUCCAACCCUAAGCACAGGACACAUUCCCUUCCAGCACCACUCUCCUCUUGACCCCAUCCCCAUUCUCACCCUGAUAAGUGGGAGGGAUACGAUAUUCAGAGACAAAUAGAAGGGCAAUAGAGAGUCAGAGGGAAGAAACAUCAAAAAAGAGUGGUACAGGAUACAUACACACCAUGAAGUCAACGCAGAACGAAUGCCUGCCCCCCAAAAAACGUGAGAUCCCAGCAAGCACUCUGCCCUCAGAGGAGAGGCCCAUGGUUAUGGCGCCUGCCAAUGAGAGCCAACGUGGGGGGAACCUCGCCUGGCUUGCCAGUCUGGCAAGUGGGCAUGAUAAAGGCACCAGGCACACCAGCACCUCUGCAGAACACGAUGGGCCACAAUACAAACCAAUGUCUGCCCCUGCUGAAAGUGCACUUCCUUUAUCAACACACUCACAGAGAGCUCCAAUUGCAGUGACCACCAUACCUGCAGUGUACACGUCACCCCUCUCACACCCAGCAGGCACCAUCCAGUACACACCCCUGCCCCCAAAUGUGCACUUUAUCAGCUCACCAUAUGCAGCACCAUAUCCUGGCUACAUCUCUCCGCUAGUACCCCAGUCUGCUGUCGCCACCAGCACCACACAACGUGAUGCUUACGCUAUCACCUCCAGUUCUUCCGCAUCUAAAAUUGACCAGCACCAUCAGCUGGGUCGUCCAACAUCUGAUAGCACAUCUUUGCCCCACUCCACCCAGUAUGUGCAAAUUGCUGGUUCUGUAAACGUAUCCUCUCGGACUGCACCAUCUCCCCAUGGUCACAUGCCCCUACACCUACACCCUCACCACACAAUUCCCAUCAGUGGCACCUCACAGGUCUUUGUUCAGUGCACAGAUGGACUUUUCCCCAAGAGAGAGGAUAACAGGCCUAGGGAGAUCCUAAAUGGAGAGCUGGAGAAGGACAAACGCUUUGGUCUAUCUCCAGAGUCUAGUGCAGGGAAGCAGGGCAGCAGCACUGCCAAAGGGAGCUCCUUCAACCAACAGCACCAGAUUCACCAGCAGCAGAGCCUGCAACACUUUGAGGCUCGCCACUUGGUGCUACCUGUUGAAUAUGCACAAGAUAGUGCAGCCAUGCGGACCUCUUUAGUGCUUAUACCCAACAGUCAUAGCUCUAGUGUUGCUGACCCUGGAGGUACACCGGACAAGCUGCCUCCCCCAACAUCCCACAGUGAUAAAGGAGGGAUUUGUGCUGGCAAACCAGUAUCUCGCAUUUCCUCCACCUCUGCAUCCCAUCCUUUUCCUCCUCCGCCUCCACCUGUGGACAAUCUAAAGGGGGCAGUUACUGCACUGUCCCCACAUGCAGUCAUCCAGACCACACACAACACCACAGAGUCACUUUCCCUGGGCCUUCCCUCUAACAGUUUCUACUCUGCACAGCAGCCCAUCAUUGGUUACAUUGCUGGCACAGGGCACCAGCAGCCUCUCAGCUACCACACCAGCCUGCCCCAGCACCUGGUCAUUCCUGGAACUCAGCCGGUCAUCAUCCCAGUAAGUGGAACAGAAGCUCCCACGACAUCAACUUCGCCACCCUUGCCUGCUGCACUGCCCCAUGCGUUCAUCACCUCAACGCCCUCCAAAGUGGAGUCCUUUGAUACUCCGGCCCCUUAUCCCCACCCUACUGCAGCGGUACUUCAAGCCCAGUUACACCUGCCUGUGGUUCCAGCCUCUGCUGGCCUGCUAACGACUCCACCUCCUUCUUCAUCUCCCUCGCUGCCCCCUUACUUCACUAAGGGCUCUAUCAUCCAGCUUGCAGAUGGGGAGCUGAAGCGAGUGGAGGACCUGAAGACAGAGGAUUUUAUUCAGAGUGCUGAGAUCAGCAAUGAACUGAAGAUCGACUCCAGCACUGUAGAGCGCAUUGACAACAGUCAUACACCUAACUUUGCCAUUAUACAGUUUGCUGUAGGAGAGCAUCGUUCACAGGUCAGUGUGGAGGUCCUUGUCGAGUAUCCGUUCUUCGUGUUUGGUCAGGGCUGGUCAUCCUGUUCUCCCGAACGGACCACCCAGCUGCUGGAGCUGCCGUGUACUAAGCUGUCAGUGGGCGACGUCUGCAUUUCUCUUACCCUGAAAAACCUAAGGAACGGCUCUAUCAAGAAGAACCAAGGCCAAGUUUUGGACGGGCCAACCCUCGGUCCACCCUUCAAGUCACCCAAAGCACACUCGAGUGCGGCGCGAGGGGGUCAUCGACACACAGAACAGGAGAACGGACUUGGGCAGUGCGGUGGAGUUCAGGGAAAUGGAGAGAAUGGAGAACUGAGGUUUGGGGAGAAGGACAUCUUCAAAGCACCACUGCCCACUGAAUCAGAGUCCAACAGCAAACCCACAGGACGCAAAAGGAGAUGGUCAGCACCUGAGGGCCGCAAAGUAGAAAAUCCAGAUGGAGAGCCCCCUUUAACGUUCCCCAAGCCUUCAUUUAUCCCUCAGGAGGUUAAAAUUAGUAUCGAAGGCAAAUCAAAUAUUGGCAAGUGAAUGCCCGUCGGACUAUCAGAGCUUAAAAAUGAAAUUAUACACGAAUUUAACCACAGAAUGUUAUUUCUUCAUUUUGAUUUCUGACUUUUGAUUUUCUAUCCAGAUUAUUGUACCUUAAAUCUAAAUUGACUCCAUAUGUACAUGAUCACAUCACAUAUUAACAUUGUAAUAGAUGCAUUCAAUAUUACACAGGCGAUUGGUUAAACUCGUUUAAUGUGGGCAAUAUGCGAGAUAAAAAGGUUGUGGUUGCCCUAGCAUUGCGUGACUGCCUGAAAGGUAUAUGCAGACCAGUCUUAGCUAACAAGACUAAAAGUCUCUUAUUUCUGACAUCAUGUACAUUGUUUGGCCCAGUAGUCCAACUAGCAUUGAAUAAGCAUGAGAACUUUAGAAGAGAGAAGGUGGAAAACUGGUGUGAAUAACAUUGUUAACGGUGGCAGAACGGAUUUCACUUCUUCACUGGUUGCGGGAGUUUACAUGAUGUCAGCCAUCUUGUUUCAUCUGAUGUUUAACUGUGACCUAAAGAGAUUAUCAAUCCUAACAUUCGUUGCUGCAGUUAGACCUGCAUUGAUUAUAUGUACCUUUUCAAUAGUAAGAAGAGCUUUUCAACAACUACGGCAGCCUUUCCCAACCCUUUUCCUGGUGGCACACCAACUCAUUUUUUAGAUCUCUCCCACAUCUGACCGAAUUGUUUUCCAUUAUGGAGUAUCUAUUAAUGACCUGAUCCAGGUGUGUUUAAAUAGACCUCUAGGAACAGGGUUGGGAAACAGCGUACCGUGGCACAGGCCAAGAAAGAUGAUGUCAUCAAGCGGUGCCAGUUGCUCCUAAGAAAGAUGAAACUUCAUUUUGAACAGGGAUAAUGGUUGAGUCUAUUUUUAUAAAUAUCCAACUGUCUAACCUUUUUUAAUUUGAUGCUCUUUGUAGUUUUGCAUGUUUUAAUUUUCCGUUUUCACUUUUCAAGCCCUCCUAUCAAAACUGAUAUUUGUUUCUUUUUAUGAUGAAUGUGUAAACCUUACAAUCAGGGGUAAUUUUUUUUAAGUAGACAGAAGGGUUCAUGUCUGUGUAUAUGUGCAUGUGUUGAUGCAUACAAACACAAUAGUUUGGUCAUUUAGAGAAAGGGUAGAGCUGAGGUCAACAAGUCCCUUUGGUUUUAGUGCAGUCUCGCCUGUUUUUGAUAUGACAAGAGAAAAGAGAUUAUUUUGAAAGAAAGAGAAAGAAAGUUGGACGUAACGAGUGGUUGCCCUAAAGCAUUUUAAAAGCCUGUCAUAGCUUAGUCCAAUUAUAAGAUGGGUGAUAAUGAUUAUUAUAAUUAUUUUGUUAUAAUUGCUACUACUAUUUCCUGUUGAUUUUUCAACGUGAACACAGUACUGUAUGAUGACUUGGAUGUUGUGUGGGAGGACAUGAGGAUCUCUUACUUUGUGAAGAGAAGAAUGUACCAGGUUUAAGAAAGAAAAAAGGAAAAUGAGAUUUUCGUCCCAGAAAGGACUGCUUUAAAGUACAGUAAGCACUUUUCUCAUCGCGUCUGAUUGGUUCAGCCUCCGCUGCUUGGGUAAAGAUUGACGUGAUGGGGCGUGGCCUGUAAAACAACUGCCAUUUAAAGCAUUUAAAGAGAUGUAUGAAAGUGUGAAUGCAAGCGAAAACAAGUAAAGAGACUGUCUGAUUAUAUUUACAGAGAGACUGGGCAAGAGAUUGAAGGCUGUCAUAUACGUUUAUUUGCUAUGUAUGUGAUUGCGUGCAUAUGCAUGCAAGCGUCAUUGUAUGCGUUCACGCAUUGGCAUAUACGUACAUAAACACACGUACACACCCACACACACAUAUAUAUGUGGUUACGGUGAUUUUCAAUCAUGUUGAAAUAUGUCAUGUAUUUUUUGUACAUUAACAUGUAUAGAACUGCAUAUGCUAUCUAUCUUACUGUAUGAAAGCGCAAGCACGUUGUUUUCAGUCCCGUCGCCCCAAAGACACACUGACUCAUUGAACGUAUGUGAAAUGUAGUAAUUUCAGUAAUCUGUAGUAUAUUUGUGUGUGUUUGAAGAGAGGAUGUAUGAGUGUGUGUGUGUGUGUGUGUGUGUGCGUGCAUAUAAUACCAAGCAUAUUAUAAAUAGAUAUUUAAGUUCUACUUAAAAGAAUAUUGCAAUUUGCACAUCUGGAGAGAUAGUAACACGAUUUUUGUUUGGUUUUCAGCCGGCACAGGAUAGGGCUGGAAACCCGAUUUUACUGAAAUGUAGCAGUUUCUUAACAAGUUUGUCUGGUUGGCAGGAUUGAUUCAUUUGACCCCGCAAUUCUGGAGUAUAGUUUGGUGUAUAGGAGUGAAUCGCCUGUGACCUGCUCACUUGUUUGAGUCCUUUGAAUGGUCAGGCUCAAGUUAGCUUGAGUGGGUGAAGAUGGUUAGUGGUAGUGAAUGAUGGAUGGAUGGAUGAAUGGAUGGAUGGGUUGGUUAACCGAUUUAAUGAGUGGUGGUGGGUGGGUGAGUGCACCCCAUAUACAAUUUGAAAAUGCUUUAUUUUUUAUAAUAAAACAGGGUUUCACAGAUCAACACCACAACUGUGCAUUUUUUUCUUUUUUUUCCAUUGACAUCUGUUCCCGUUUAAAGUGUCUGUGUUUUACUUGGAUUGUAUGUAUCUGCUUCAACCAAUUUGAUUUGAUCUUUCUGUUCAAUGUGUGUUUUAUGGGCCAAAAGGUAGAACUAAGAUGUCCAUUGAUGUGCAUACCACUGCAAGAAUGCGACUUUCAAUAGCAAACCAUUGAUUUAAUCAAUCUCAUUCAUUUUCAUAUUUAGUAGAAUUAGUGCAUUGCUUCAGUUAUACAACAUUCUGGUUGCACCGAGCGUUUCCAUUUUACACACAAGAAGCAUUCCGAUCAACGGCACGUAGCAAUAACCUCUCGUCUUGUGCUGAACCAAAAAAAGCGAACCGGACAUCGAUGCCAGCACUCGGACAUUGACCGUCUGUUCGACCUUUCAUCCGCUUUAGGUUGAUUUUGCGGUUUGCACAGCCGGCCCUCGGUUACUUCAGGGAGAAAUGUACGUUAAUAUGCAGUGACAGAGUCUGUCCCCUCCUAGCCGUCUUAAAUCCUAAUCGAUAGUGACCUCCAGGUUUUUUUUUCAGGUGCCCACACAGAACCAGUACGCCUCUCAUGGCCACGAGGCCCAGAGUAUGUUUACCCAGCCACAACCGUUAGCUACCUUCUGUCGCCUGGCAAGUGCGUGCAACCGCUUCCUCUGCCGUCCCGUCCAGAACACCCGCUCGGUCUGAGAACAAUAAAUGACAGGAAGGAUUCAUCUCCCCCACCUUUUGCUCUCUGUUUUUGUCUCAUUCACAGCCUUAAAACCUUGACAGUAUUUGUAAUGGACUUUCCUUUGAUUUAAAAUGGAGCACCACCAGUGGUUGUCAAGUUACAUUUUCAGUAAAACAUAUUUUGACAGUCCCUGCGACCCAUCUACUUGAAUGAACUUUUGUUACUUUUGUUAGAAGAAAUUCAUGCAACGUGAGGUUGGAUUAUCUAGGUUUGGUUCAGUACUACACUUAUGGACAAGCAUGUUGUCUAUUGGCGUCUGGACUUUAAAGAUGUUUUGCUGUUCAUCUUGAAUCUGAGACACUCGAAUAAUUGAUUGUAAAAUACUCUCAAAUAUCAAAAGUCCAGUUGCAAAUGAAUACCUAGAUAAGGGAUGGGCAACUUCGGUCCUGGAGGGCCGGUAUCCUGCAGAGUUUAGCUCCAACUUGCCUCAGCACACCUGCCUAAAAAGUUUCUAGUAUGCCUAGUAAGACCUUAAAGGUGCUCUAAGCGAAUUGAAGCGUUUUAGACCAUAAAACAUUUUUUAUUACAUACCGGAAACAUCUCCUCACUAUCUGCUUGCUGCCUGUCCGCUGAUCAAACUGUAAAAAAACGCGAUCUCUGUAGACAGCCCAGGCUUCACAAACGGCAAUAUCAACAAAUGGCCAAACCUAGCCAGCACAAAACAAAACAAAGUAUUCCAGCCAAUAAACGGCAAGAAGGAUUUGGGGGUGGGGGUUGGGCGCG